AGCAAUGCUAACAGGAGCAAUGCUAACAGCAGCUACGCUAACAGCUCCUGUCCUGAUGCAGUCGUGAAUUGACGGACACUAAUUUUACACUGCACACUUUGUCCCGUGUCCUGUCGGACAGGAGCGAUGCCGUGGAGAUGCUGUGUUCCCGGGUGUAAAAGCUACGAUGAGGCGAAGUCGAUGGGCGUCGUGUUUCACGGAUUACCGACCAGAGACCCGCAGCGCUGCAGAACAUGGCUGACGGCGAUCCAGAACCCCAGGUACGACGAGAACACACCGGUCUCUAAGUACAGCGGCGUCCGGGUGUGCAGCCUGCACUUCAAAGCCGAGGACUACGAGGAGGAUUUCCGAGCUAAAAUACUCAACAUCGCGCCAAAGCCGACGUUGAAGAGCGGCGCUGUGCCGUCAGUGUUCCCCGGGAGAGGGCAGGGUGAGCGCGGCGGCACAGAUCCAGCUCCCCCGGCUCCAAAAAGAACCAGAACUCAGACGACCUGUGGAGCUGCAGGCAGCUCGGCACAGUCGCCUCCAGCAGCCGGGUCCGAUGAAAGCUUCUGCAUCGUGGUGUCCGUCGACCCGCUGGACGACAGCAGCUUCCACUCCGAGCCAGAGUUCAGCUCAGUAACCACAUCUGAUGAGUCUGACGAAGACUCCGACAAAGACUGUACGGUCGUUUACAACCAGAAGCUGAUGGAGCUGUUCAGGAUGUGCCAGACGUGUGGGCAGCCCAUAGCGGAGAAGGAGGUGUUCCACUCCGGAGCACAGAUGAGGGUGAAGUGGAGCUGUGACGGCGGACACUCUGGGAUGUGGAAGUCGUCGCCUCACCUGAGAGACGUGCUGCCAUAAAGUCCACCUGCUCACAGCUGCUUCUACUCAGUGGACAAUGGACACUGUGGGGGGGGUGGCGUGAGAACAGCCAGCAGCUGGAGCACGUGUUGAUGCUCCACCUGUCCAGGUGAUGGACACUGAUGUUCACCAGGGUUUAUACUGCCACUACACAAAGGAUUCAGGACUCCGUCCAAACCGGUGCAGCUCAGUGGUUUCUGUAUAUGAGGAAUGAUUGUAAGACAACAAAACUAAAGCCGACACCUGGUGAGGAGUGAGACGGCUGGAUGAUCCAAUCACAGAUUCAGCAUAAAUACUAAUAAUAACAGCAGCAGUGUGAUCUGAUAAACAGGCAGUGAAACGCACUGAUCACAGCGAAGGUCUUCUUCUUCACGGCUGUUCACUGUCUGCUCCUCUGAUGAAAGUUAACCCUGCGUUCAGUCUCCUCCUGCUCUGUCGUCACCUCCCUGUGUUUUCAUGCAGCUCUGUGCUCAGACACUGAACCAGGAUCAGUUUAAUCUUGUAAACUGUACGUGUGACGCAGCCAUUGUCAGCCAAAGUUCUUCUACAGACACAGAAUCAAAAGUGCUGACAGUCCUCCAGAGCCUCCCUCACCGUCCAGACAGAAACAGAAGAACCUGUUUACCUGUGCACAUUUGAAGAUCACUUUUUCACAUUUAACAACUGUUUUAAAGAAGUAUUUUUGUAAACAUAUGGUCGUGUGGUGGAUACAGCAGCAACAUCACUGAUGUGAGGUUUGGUUUGGAUGGAAGGACAAACCUACAGAAGGUGGGUCUCUCAGCACAGAGCUGAUCCUCAGCAGCUUAUAUCAAACCAGAACCAGCUCUUACCA